GACAUUGGAAACCUGGAUGACUUUAAUGACAGUGAUGAUGAAGGCGGUGAGGAAAGGAGAGCCAGCUAUGGACAUGCUGCUCAUGUUACUGCCUCAGUCUCUUCUAACAUGAGAGUACAUGAUGUGGCUUGGAGGCCUGCAGUUGUAUCAGGCCCCACAGUAACCUCAGAGAUGGGUUGGAAAGCGUCCUCUGGCAUUUCCUCCACCAUCUCGGUCCCAUCUCGUCCUCUGCUUGAACCCCCCGACCCCUCAGUUCCAUCCUCAUUACGCAUCCGACCAUCUAGCACUGGCCAGCCGGCUCGGCCCUCCCCCUAUGCCUAUUCAGUGCCAGCCUUUACACGUGCUCACCCUCCUGCACUUCCCAAAAUCUUCCAGCCCACUGUCGGAACAGUGCCCCCUUCAGCUCGGCAAAGGCCCCAUAGCUUCCACUGUGAGUCCUCUCCAGCUGAGGGCUUGGAGGCUUUCCCUACCUUCAACCCUUCUAAAGCCAUCUCCAACUCUUCCAUCUCCUCUUUACCCUCUGAUCCAUCUCUCCAUACUGUCUCCUUCCCUGAUACUUCACAACCAGCCUGUCUCAGUGCCUUCCUUUUCUUCUUUGUCCCCUUCCUUCUCAUCUUCAGCUCCUCUUGGCUCCUUCUUUUCCAUGCCUCCACCGCCACUUCCCAAAUCUCGACUUAUGUCUGUGGGGCAGCCAGGCUCUGCCCUCACCAGGCCCACCAGCCUGCCAUCUGCCCCCGAGACAGCAUCCUGGCAGAGUGAAUGGAGACCUCCUAAAUCUCAAGCCCCUCUAGCACAGCCUGCCCACUCUCCUAGGUUUCUGCAUAUAUCUGCUCCUAGACAGCCUGCAGGGCUGCAGAAAAACCCGACAGAUGCGCCAUCUUUAUUCUCUCCGCCAGUCACUUGUCAGUCUUUGGAACAGAAACGCCAGGGAGGGUCUGGAUUUGUUCCUUCCUGGAGACCCCAGGUCACCCCUACACUAGAGAUGCCCUCACCUUCUUCUUUGAAUUCUUCCUCUGCUCUCCCGCUCUUUGGGUCUCCUCCUCCUCCGCCUCCUUUAUCCCAAAUUGCCAUAACCUCUAUCAUUGACCAAGAUGCAGAAUUCAAAAGACAGCUGAGCACCCUGAGUGAAGAGGAUAACCAGUGUACAACCGCUACAACCACUGCUCCCAGAGCGCUGGCCAGCCAGAGGCCAACGUCGUCCAGGGCUUCAGAGCAGAGAAGAACCUUUGGAAUCGAGGUUGUUAAGGCAUCAGCAGGACCUGAGAGCAUGGCCUCAUUUCUGCCCUGUAGCCCCAGAACAACUGUAGACCCAGGGCUAAAAUAUUUUGAGAUGCCAAAAACAAAGAUGGAUCAAACAGAAUCAAGGCCAACAAAGACAUUCCCUAACAUCCAGCCAACAUAUCCUCCCUUCACUUCUGCACCUAAGCAAAACCCUGAUUUUCAAGAUCAGUGCAGAUCUGCUUCAGUCAAGGAGCUUGUGGUUAAUCCAAGAAGUCACUUGUCCACAAUGUCCAUUCAGUUGGGAGAUUUGAUAGCACAACCAGGGCCUGUUCAACCUAUACCUCUUUCUCCUACCAACCCCCAACCUACCUCCAGCUCACUCCAGGGACCUUUGUUGCACUUGCCUCAAAUGGCUAGAUUUGACACAAAACUGAUAGGAAGGAUAGGAGUGGCCCAUAAAAAAGAAGCAUUAACUAUGGAUUUGGGAAAUGAGAGCGUGGCUUUCUCAGUGUCAUCUUGUGUCAGAGACGCCGAUUCUUCUUUUCCUACAAUUGUGAUGGACGAAACACCUGAAGCUCAGUCUGGAGAACAGCCCAUUGCAAAAAACCUACAGUGGGAGAAUCUUCAGAAAGACACUAAAAAAAUAAGCCCUGCUGUUCCAAUACCCAUUUUGGUUAAGAAAACCAUACCCAACAUGACUGCCUCAGAUAAAGUCAAUUUAAGAUUGGACACUGAUUUUGAGUUUCUCACAGCACAGCCGGCCACAACAGACACGCUAUCAAAGCAAAGAGAAACAUUUAAAGUGGAUUUUUCAUUGUCUUCCACAAAACGCUUUGAUGUGCAUGGUUUGGACCCAGAACAUUGUAUAGAGAAAGGGAGAAUUGAAAAUGUGGCUUCUGUAGAUGAAAGACUACAGUGUGAAAGAGAUAGGAGAGUUGCACAGGAACUUGUGUUGCCAAGCUCUGAAGUUGGUAUACAAAACAAGUGUGUUUACACAUCUGAGGUGGAACGUUUUCCAUUGAGUACAACAGGGAUUGCUAUUUCUCAUUCACCAUCUACUUCACAGCCUAAAGUUCCGAUCAAAGAACCAGGGGGGGUGCCAAGAAUGACUAUGUCACAUUCAAGCUGUCCACAAUAUUCCAAGACUCCUGGCAUGCCAUCUUUACAUCAGUCUCAAGCUAUAGCUUGGUUUAAUGAUAGAAGGUUAUUGUUUCAGAAAUUACCCAGCAACAGAUAUCAUUUACUCUUGCAUUCAGAUUAUGUUGGUUCCAUUUCCGAGGGUAGUGCAGGAAUUGCCGAAAUGGUGGACUUAACACCCUCCUGCUCCAGGUGUGCCAGUAUUCCUGGAUUCCCAUCUGCUUUGAAAUGUGAGCCCAAUAUGACUUGUCUUUUACCUACAUGUCCCAGAAUUAGCAGGAUUCCAGGAUUAGCUUCUGCCGGAUCAGUGACUGGAUAUGAAAAGAGUGUUUGGGACAGAUGUUCUCUGUGGAAGAAACCAUUGCAGAUAAAAGAAGCAUUUGCUUCAUGCAUGCAAUGUGUUCAGAAAGAAGCUGUUAGUGAUACUAAUAUGAUUAAAGGAAUGGUGGCCAUGUUACCAACAUGUUCUAGAAAGGCCAGUGUUCCAGGGUUUCCUUCUGCACCAAUGCAGAAGGAUUCAAAUACAGUAUGUAUGGUGAGUCUUCUCCCUACAUGCCCCAAACAGACAAUGAUUGAAGGUAUGCCAGGUAGACAAAUAGUUAUGGCAUAUAAAGACAGUUGGCAUAUUUUGAGGAAAUUAGUUUUAGAUCGACCAUUGAGAAGUAAUCCUGUUCUGGUUCAGGAACAGUUACAUGAGGGUAAAGAACAUCUAAAACUUAUGGUAAAUAUGUUACCAUCUUGUCCGUGGAAGGAAACCAUCCCUGGUUUUCCCUCUGUCCCAAGAAAAGAACCCAGUGUACCUGGUUUUUCAUUUGCACUAAGCCAAGCUCAUAGCAUGGCAGACCUUUUGCCGACUUGCUCAAGAAAGACAAAAGUCAUUGGUUUACCCUCUAAGGAGCCAGUUUGUGCUCACGGUGAGGGUUUAGAUACAACCAGGCACAUUUUGAUGGAGAUGCCUUUGAGUAAAGGGGAAAUCUUGAUUUCAGAUAGUUACACAGGUGCUGCGCAGGAUCAAGACAAAAGAGAAAUGUAUAGUUCAGUGGCAAUGUUGCCCUCAUGCCCUGUGAGAACUUGCCUUGAGGGUAUGCCCACAAUACCCCAGAAGCUGUUGCCAGGUAUUGUCAGUCUUCUACCAGUAUGCCCUAAACAGACACAAACUCCUGGUAUGCAAUCUCAAGAUCAAAACAACGCAGAGAACAAAAAUUGGCAUGCCCUAAGGCAAUUAAUUACCAAGAGACCAGAAAAGAAAACACAAGCUUACAUUUGUCAGUGGAUACCGAAAGACAAAGAAAACCCUAAUAUGGUAGAUAUGUUGAUAAGUUGUCCACAAAAAGCCAAAGUUUUUGGCUUACCGUCAGCUCCACGACAAGAACCCAAUAUGGUUAAUGUAAUGCCUUCAUGCCCCAUACAUAGUAUAAUCCCUGGUUUGCCUUCAAAGACUAGACAAAAACUUUGUUUGUCCAGCUGCAAUGAAUGGUUUGCUUCUAAAAGCUUACAGUGCAAGAGCCCAUUUAUCAAAAAGGAAGUCCAGAUUGUAAACGCAGUUUUGCGUUUUGAUAAGAACACUGCUGAAAGUAUGAUUGCAAUAUUACCUUCUUGUGCUAAGAAUGCUAGUAUACCAGGGUUUCCCUCUGCCCUGACACCAACAUUAGCAGAUGGCCCAACUAUGGUGAAUUCAUUGUUUAGUUGUACAAAGGAAUCUAGAGUUCCUGGAAUGCCACUUAGAGGCACAAGCAAACAAUUAGUGUGGAUAAUGGAAAGUAAGUCGCUGCUAGUUCCUAGGGAGAAGUCUACAGUUAAAUUACAUUUACAGAAUCUUAAUGUGCUCUAUUCUGAUUGUGAUAUGAUCAAAAAUAUGGUAUCAUUUUUGCCCUCCUGCCCACGGACAGCCUGUUUACCAGGCUUUCCAUCAGUACCAUGUCAGGUGUUGGUAGAUAUACCAAGUAUGAUCAAUCUUAUGCCUACUUCCCCAGUACAUUCCAGAGUAUGUGGAAUACCCUCUAGAUUCCACAGUGAGUCUUGUGAGUCAGAAUGGAAUGUAAACAGACGGCCAAUAUGUAAAUGGCAAUUAACAAACCCAGGAAGACUUUUAGUAAUACAUGACCAGAAGAUGUAUUUAAGAGAAAAGGCAGUGGCUGAAAUUAUGGUAUCAAUGUUGCCACCUUGUCCUAAACACUCAUAUAUUCCUGGAAUUCCCUCUAAGGCAGGAGAAAGACCAGUGGAAGCUGUGAUGAAAGAGGCUCCGAGCAUGUUAAAAUCCUUAGCCACUUGCCCAGAAAACAGUAAAAUUCCAGGGCUACCUGCAAAGUAUAGUGCAAAAGCUUCUGAUGGCUGGUAUGUGGACAGGGAUGAGGUUUGGAAAAAAACAUUCAAUAAAAGGUAUGGCGUUGUUAACCGAGAUUUUCUAGUUAAGGAAAUGUCAUGUAGGGAGAAAGAAGUAAUGCUGAGUAUGCUUCUAUCAUGUCCACAACAAGCCUUGAACCCUGGAUUUCCUUCUGCGCCACGACCCCAAGCUGUUGAUGCUAGUUUGAGAAAAAAUCCAAACAUGAUACAGUUUCUGCAAUGUUGCCCAAGACAGUCAAGUAUAAUUGGUUUCCCCUCCAGAGUGUCAAUUAUAUCCCAUUCUGAAGUACGAGGCUGGCCGGUGGGAAAUACGCAAGACUGCUUCCCAAUUUACCCAAAGUAUAGUUCUUCUCACAACGAUAAAGCAUUGACAAGUCUUUCUGUUGAACAUUCUUGUCCAAAUUUUUAUCUCAGUUCUCGUUUCACAGCAGUUCCACCGCCUGACAUAGAUCGGCUCCCGAAUAUGGUAAAUAUAGUGCCAUCUUGCCCAAAGAAAGCCUCUGUUCUUGGGGUACCAUCAACACAUGUGCACCAUUCAGAACAGGGGUGGCCAGGAACAAAAAGAAUUGGAAAGGAAAGUGAAAACCUUAAAAGUCAAGGGCUGUCACUGGAAGAACAUUCUCUUUGUCAGGUUUCUGUCAGUGAGAAAUCCAUGCAGAUCAUAUUCCCAAGCCAAGAUGUACCAGAGGAUCUACAACAAAGAAUAACAAUUGAGUCAUUGACCUGUCCUGUUGAGGCCAUUGUCAAAGAUUUACCAUCGUCAAAUUCUAAAAUCCAAGUGGACCAGCGAUCUUCUGUCGUUAAUGGGAUUGAGAUGUUAUCGGAUGAGGCCAGUCCAAGCAGAUUAGAUCUUGACACAAAGAAAACUGUUCUGUGCUCAGUUUUGGAGAGACAUAAAGAUGAACGGGGCUUUUGGAUACCAAUUGAGGCUGAAGAAAUAGCUGUUCUCGAAAAAGGAAACUUGCAUUGCAGAAUGUGGCACUCCAUUCCUGACAUGCCAUUGUUCUUGAGUGUUAGAAAGAGAUAUGAAAAUAUGGUUUCACUACAGCCAUCAUGCACAAUUUUUGCUGGUGCAGAAGAACUUGCAUCCCAAACCCAAAUAAAGAAUGCCAAGCAGGAGUUAAAGAAACAUCCCACAAACAAGACCAUAGUAUGGGAGGAUCUUCCAAAGGCCAAUACAAUAAACUAUCCUACACAAAAGACUAUAACAUGGGAGGAGCUACCAAAGGUAUCUACAGAGGUAACUAGAAGAUCAGAGGAAGAAAUGGAAGUGGUCGGUCUCCCUUCCAUGAUGUUAGACACUGGUGAUGGAAUAAAGACAAAUACAGAAGAUGGGAAUGCGGAUCUAUUGCCAAUGUGGCCAACGAUUAGCACCCUAUUUGAAUUCACUGCUACUGCUAAACAAAUAGACGAAUGCCUACUGGACAGCAAGUCUACUUGUGAUACUCCAUCAAGGGAUAAUGAAUUAGUGGAUGAAAAGUCUUCCCCCCCUCGCGCACAAUGUGUGCCAUAUCAUGUGAAGCCUGACAUUGUGUACAAACAGUGCACUUUCUUGGAAUCUUGCCCAGGUGUGACAAACAUUGCUGGCAUGCCGUCGAAAUUGCCCGUGAAAGAAAAACAGUGGUUUGUAGAUCAAAAGCCAAUCUGGGAGAAACAAUCAAAAAUUAAGGAAAUAUUACUGACGUAUGCAUCAAAGGAUGAUGAAAAGAACACGAAGGAAAUGGUUUUACUGGUACCCUCUUGUCCCAAAGAGACCACAAAUCCCGGUUGUCCAAGUUUAUCCAAUAUACCUGGUUCACCAUCUGUCCGGGAAGCCAAUAACAGAUUAUUGUUAUCUCAACAGGAACCACUUUUGGAGAAGAAAAUAAAAACUGAACUUGUUGUCAUGACAGUGUCACCAAAAGAGAAGGAUGAAGUGAAAAUUGGAGCUUUGGGACCACUUUGCCCAAAACAUUCUUGCAUAGCAGACAUCUCAAUUCCACAACCUACUGUAGCACUUCAUGGAUUAGAUAUGAUCAGCCUUUUAAGCUCUUGCGCCAAAACCUCUUGUAUUGAAGGUAUUCCAUCAUUAAUUGAACAUUUUAACAAAAUCUGGGAUAGAGAUUACACACCCUUAGGGAUAAAACAGGUAAAAAUCCACACAGUUAUGAUUGAAGAGCAACCUCACAAUGAUGACAUGGGGGCCAUGUCAGCUUUAGCCCCAACUUGUCCAAAACAAGCUUGUAUUCCUGGAUUUCCAUCUGCUCUGGAACCUACAGUAAGCUAUAAUGCAUUUAAUAGGGUCAAUCUCCUUCCAUCCUGCCCGGUCACCUCAAGUAUGGCUGGUUUUCCUUCAAUGCAGAAAGCUGACGGCAAAGACUGGAACACUAUUCAUCAACCAUUAUGGGAGAAGGAAAAUAAAAAAGAGUCUGUUUUACUACUGGACUAUGUUAAAAUUGACAAACACAUGAAAGGAGUUGUGUCUCUUGCACCAAGUUGCCCAAGAGAAUCACUCAUCUCUGGCUGCCCCUCUUUACCAAAAUCCAGAGGGAUUAUUGCUGUUGACAGGCAAAACAUGGUCAGUCUUUUAAGCUCAUGCUCCAAAGUGUCACAAAUACCAGGAUUUCCAUCGUAUCAUAAUUCAAAUGAGUGGACAAAGAGCAGGGAAUCUCUAUUUGAACCAAGAUUGAGAGACAAGCAGGUGUCAUCAAUUGACAGAUGUCAAGGAGAUAAGAGAGCAAUGAAAGCAAUGUUUUUUCUUGCACCAUCCUGUCCAAAAGAGGCACGGACACCAGGAUUUCCUUCUCAUCCAAAUCCUCUAACUGUGUAUAGUGCACAGAAUAAUAUCAGCCUUUUUACAUUGUGCGCGCAAGUUUCCAAAAUUCCUGGAUUCCCAUCAGUUGAUGGGAAUAUGAGUGUAGGAUGGGUAACAGAAAAGGGUUCAUUGCUGAAGAGGCUACCAAAGAAGACAGUCAUAUUUGACACAUCAAAUGAUAACAAUAAGAUAAUGAAGAAUAUUGUUUCAUGUGUACCAUCCUGUCCUAAAGUGUCAAGUAUCCCUGGUUUCCCAUCUAUUCCGAAUCCCAAAAUGGUGUAUUAUGGCCAAAAUGUAGUCAACCUCCUUCCUUUGUGCCCCAUAGUUUCUAUCAUACCUGGAAUUCCAUCGGUUGUAGGGCACAGGGAAGAGGGAUGGGGUACUGAACUGGUUUCCCUGAUGCACAGACCACCAAAGAACAAUCAGUUUAGGAUUAACAGCUUGCCAAUUAACAUACACAAAUCAAGCAACAUGCUUGCUUUAGUUCCUUCUUGCCCAAGAGCAUCAAAGAUUCCAGGCUACCCAUCUGUCCCGCGAUACAAUAUGCUAAGGAUUGUACCUAUUUGCCCCAAAGUAUCCAGUCUCUGUGGAUUUGCAUCAUUUGAAAGGGCCUCAAAUUUCCAAUGGCUUUUUAAAACUCCCACUUUGUGUGUGAAGCUAAAGGAAACUGUUUUUGUAAUACACCUUCCAAAUCAAGAUGAAGAAACUGCAAAGACAAUGUUUGCUUUAGCUCCAUCUUGCCCUGAAGCAUCUAGGGUCCCAGGGUUCCCUUCUGCACCUCAAACCAAAUCCAAGAUUGAACCCAAUAUGAUACGUUUUGUAGCUUGCUGCUCCAGUGCUUCAAAUCUCAAAGGAUUUGCAUCCAUGACAACAAUCCUAAGCACAGGGUGGAUAAAUGAAACAAAACCAAUUUUAAUAAAGCCUCAGGAGAAGAGGGCACACUUGAGUUUGUCACAUGCUGGACAUUACCAGCAAUAUUGCUACAACAAGAAAGGCAUGGUGACAUUAGUGACAUCCUGCCCCAAAGAAGCUAGAGCAUGUGGUUUUCCUUCUGCUCAAGUUGCAAACAGACCGCCAAACAUGGUCAGCUUAUACACAUCUGCUCCAUGUGUUUCAUGUAUCCCAGGUUUUCCAUCAGCGAGGAUGCUUAGCUCUGAAUGUACUAAUAUACAAACUAGGACUACACACAAGUCCCUGUUAGAGAAGCUGCAGAAUGAGAAGAUUUGUGUAAUCGCAAAGUUCCCAGCCAAUGAUGAACAUGAUCAAGAUGAAAUGAAGUACAUGGUUGAAUUGGCUCCAUCAUGUCCACAUUUCACUCAAAUCCCUGGGCUCCCCAGCAUUUCACAAUUGAAUCCAACAGACAUUGAAACAAUGACUAUUCCAGACCCUUGUUUUACUGAGAAGCAUGCAUCACAAGAAUUGCAUCAUGCACAGUCAACUCAGUCAGAUCUCAAAGACCCAAGAAUGCCUGGUGUUCCCUCCACAUCUAUUCACCUCACCAGCAUAGCACCUGCAUAUGAGGAGAAAUUCAAAGGCAGUGCAAAGCAAAACAUAGACUGUUGUGUAGAUAACGGCAAAUCACAUAUAGAGAAGAUAGUAGCGGAGAAAGCUCUAACGGGCCAGAAACCAUUGGACACAUCAGAGCCAGUAAGAGUCUUGGGUUGGGAAGUUUUGGAGGCAGAGGGAACAAUUAAAGAAAAAAAGGCAAAAUCCUCUUUGUCUGCAAAAGAGGAAGAUGCAUCAGGAUUAGUACAUGCUAUUGUGGGUGUUUUCCAUAAAGGGUUACACUCACUCACUACGUUAUCCAUGUCUCACAGUUAUGAAACAGUAGCAUCCAUGUUGGGGCCGUCUAGCUCUACUUUAGCUGAGGUGGAGCACCAACCCAAGGCUGCCUUUUCUAUGGAUCUGAAAGACCAGACACUGACCCCUUCAGAUAAGUUUACAACACAUUUAGCAGAUAACGCUACUACCAUACAGAAGAUAGAGGGACAGUUUGAUGAAAUUCAAACCAAGCAUAACAUUGAAUUUCCAUUAAAUGCUGAGCAUUACACGUGGGACUUGUUAGGUGAUCCAUCAGCGUCUCCAUCACCAACUACCAAAAGGGAUGAUGGGCUUUUGGUUUGUGCAAGCAUGAAGAAAUGGCCACCGCUGACAGAGGCAGAUAUCACUGAAAUAUCAAAGGAAGAUAGUGAACAAGUAACGGAACAAAAGGCUUCUCUUGAUCAAUGGCUCACAAAGGAGAGGCCACUCACAGGGCAGGAUCCUGUUCAAACAUCAGUAUACAUUGAAAGUUUAUUAACAAGGCACCAGACUUUGACGGAACAGGAUGAGGGUAGAACUGUGUCAACUUCUUUACAGCUUGAUAAUGGCCACCAACAAACAAACAUAGGAGACAUUUCUGCCGCUACCGUGGAGCCUACCACAAAUGAAUCACUGCCAGAUGCCAAUGUACAUGGAGAGAUACUCAUGGACAAACCCUCAGACCCACAAGCAGAUAUUACUGUCCCUCAGCGAGGUAGAAAGCCCAGGAGAAAAGUUCCAGAACCUCAACAGAAAGGGUGUGAUAAUGAAAAAGAAACUGUUCCAUCACGACCUCUCAGAAGGAAGGAUAGUUUAAGUCCAGACUACAAACAAAAAUCUGAUGGUUUGUCAGUCAAGCCCCUCCCUGAAGUUGUUUCAGUCCAGUGUGUUAAAAAAGAUUCUACUGGUGAGAUACAACCUGCCACUGCCCCAUCUUCUGGCAUAAAACAAGACAGUAGUGUUCCUCUUGGUGUACCUCAGAAUGAUCAUGCCCAAGAAAGUGUUAGUGAUCAUGUAACACCAUGCACAGGUGACCAUAGACAAACAAGUGAAGUUGUGCAAAUAUCCAUUGAUGUUGUUGCGCCUCCUCGUGUGAAAAGAAGAGAUGGCUGUUUGCCACCUGAAACUCCACAGAAAACUGCCCCUUGCAAGCCUCUGAGGAGAAAAGACAGCAACACCAAACAUACAUCUGUUACAAAAACUAAUGGCCAACAAGAUUUGAAAGUCAGUUCUCCUUUAAAAAUUACAGAUCCUGUUCCUCCUCAGCCUUGCGAGAGAAGCUCUGAUGUCUCAGGUGCUCUGGAACCUUUACAGAGCCUUGAUAUACCCGGUCAAACAACUACUGAAAUUAUCCCUUCACAGCCUAUUGGAAGAAAAGACCAAACAACCAAACAACACUCUCAGGAAACAGAUGUGCGAAGUGCUUCUCGACAGGCAGACGCAGAACUGGUCUGCUCAAAAGACACUGAGCAAACCUCUUGUACACCAAAAUACCUCAAGAAAGACACUGAUACAUCUGUCCAGGCCUCUUCUCACUUAAUUCGAACCUCGAAAAAAAAGGGAAUUGAGAGCAUUACCCUAAAGCCAAAAUCAAAAAUGUUUACUGUUGAGCAAACUGCUUCUCUCUCAAUCAUUAAGAAGAUACGUCUUCCACAACGUGGCAACAAAUUGUCGUCAAGCAAAUUUGACAACAUUGACAUUGACAGGGAAUGUGUAAAAGCAGUCCAGAUUGUCAGCACUGGUGUGGAAGAAAUAAAGCAGCUUAGUAUAGUUGGUGACACAUCUGUUGAUACAAUCAACAUUACAUCUUCUAAGAAAUCAGAGCAAGCAUCAGAGAUAGCAGAAGCAAAGAAAGACAAACAAACAAUUUUUCAUAUGCCAAAGCCCCGUAUGAAGAAACGUCUUAGUGGCUCGUUCCCAGAAGAUGUUACAGCUAUAGAGACCCCAUCUAAGGCUACCCAUGGAGAAGAGGCACAGGAAUCGAGGCAAGGUGGUUCAUCUAUUUCCCCAACAACUAAAGAAUUGCCAAAGAAGCAACACAGCAAAGACUCCCCCCCUCUUUCUCUGGGUAAUCAACCUUCUGCAUCUACAGAAGAGGUGGUACCUGUAAAAUUGAGGAGAAACAUAUUGACUAUUGACAGCAGUGUUCAAGUAGAGGAUGGGCAUAUUUCAGAGCAGACACCAGGAGUUUCAAGCUUGCCUGUACCAAAACCAAGAGCAAAGAAGCGUCUUAGUGGUUUGUUCCCAGAUGACAUCAUUUCGUCUCCGUGCCUGCCAGACACAGUUACUGACACCAUUGGUCAUGAAUCAGUCCAACAGAUUGAACAGUCAAGCUUGCCUUUUCCAUUGCCACGGUCCAAGAAACGUCUCAGUGCCACUUAUUCAGAAAGCACACCACCUGUAGAAAAUGUAUUCCCCCAAGAGAUGGAAUUAUUUCAGAGAAACCCAGAGGCUACAUCUGGCAUGAGCAAGGAAACUAAGGAAGACUCAACAUCUCUGGAUUCAAGUGUAAUCUUUGAAGGAGGUUUUGUUACUAUCCAAGGAGAAGAUGUUGUUGCGUCAGAGUUGGAACAGGAAGUGCUAGAAGCAAUGGAAGAAGAGGAAUUUCCUCAGGCAGACUCUGUAGAAGAUAAUGAGAAGGCGCUGGAAGAAAUCAUGAAAGGCUGGACCUUUACAGAAAAACCUAUUGUCACAGGUGACUCAGAGAAGUCUGCAGAGGUAGUGUCUGAGCAAGCUGACAUUGAAAAAGUCCUGGAAGCAGAGGUUGCUAGGUCCCCUGUUGCAUCGUCUCAGGAUGACUGGCUGCAUGUAGAGGAUGACAAAGACAGUGAACCAAUGGAAUUAAACUCAAUGAAGGAAAUGAGGGAUGAAGAGUUGGACUUUGGCUUUGUAUCUGUAGAUGUAGAUGCUGGUUGUUUAGAGGAUGAAAGGCAAAAAAAUAAUUCACAAGUUGCUGGGCUCCACCAAGCCAAUGAACCAUUAACACCUCAUAAAACAUCUGCAGAUGGGACUGUCUCUCUGGAAAGCUUUUCGCCCAGUCCCAGCUUAGUGACAUCCAGUCAGUCUCUACUGGACUGGUGUCAAGAAGUCACACAGGGUCACAAGGGAGUGAAGAUAACCAACUUCAGCACCUCCUGGAGGAACGGCCUUGCUUUUUGUGCCAUCUUACAUCACUUUCAACCAGAAAAGAUUAAUUUUGAAAUGCUGGACCCGUAUGACAUCAAGCACAACAACAAAAAGGCGUUUGAUGGCUUUGCCGAACUUGGCAUUUCCAGACUGAUGGAGCCUUCAGACAUGGUCAUGCUAGCAGUCCCUGAUCGCCUCAUUGUCAUGACCUACCUGAACCAGAUCCGCACCCAUUUCACGGGCCAGCAGCUCAGGCUGCUUCACAUAGAGAGGGAUAGCAGCGAGUCCAGCUAUGCAGUAGCAGGGGACCGGGAGAGCCAAGAGGACCCUCAGGAAACUGUUCGUUACUGCGCCCAGAGGCUUCAGGAGGAGGGUUUAAGUCUAGAAAGUAAUGGGAAUACAGGCACAGCUGAGUCGGACAGUAAAACCAAGGAUGUUGUUCCACCUCCUAGAACCAAAUGGCUGCAGGUUGCUGGGUCAAGUGGGGCUCAGUUACCAGUGGCACCACCAAGGACUCAUUUUCUGUCCAAGACUGGUUUCUCUCAUGUGAAAGACGCUGAUCUGGUCAAGAAGCGUAGGUCACAGCGGAGGAGUGGGUCAGUAGAAGAAGGAGACAUAUCGGUGGUUGUUGCAGGGCAGGAUGACAGUGUAAUUACCCGGAGAAAGUCAGACACUGAGAGAACAGAGGCUGUGGCUGAGGAGAGAAGACCAGAAGGCCAGGACCCCAACCAGUAUGUGCUGAGUCAGAUGGAAGCCCUGGAGGCAGAACAAAAUCAUAUUGAUAACCGAGCAGGUGUGGUGGAGAGGAAACUUAGACAACUACUGGAAACAGGCAGUGACAAAGUGGAGGAGGAGCGGUUGAUUCAGGAAUGGUUUACGCUGGUCAACAAGAAGAAUGCUUUAAUCAGGAGGCAGGACCAUCUGCAGCUGCUGCUGGAGGAACAAGACUUGGAAAGAAAAUUUGAGCUUUUAAACAAAGAGCUGAGGGACAUGAUGGCUCUUGAAGAGUGGCAGAAGACUCAGGCCCAUAAACAAAGGGAGCAGCUGCUUCUUCAGGAGCUGGUUUCACUGGUCAACCAGAGAGACCAACUGGUCCACAACAUCGAUGCCAAAGAGAGAGGAGCUCUGGAGGAGGACGAGCGUCUGGAGCGAGGCCUGGAGCAGCGCAGGAGGAAGUAUUCUGUACAGCAGAAAGAGAAGUGUGUGAUGCAGUGAUUCCGUCCACCUCCAGCCACCAAAAAUGCUGAGUCACCUACGUGAAAGAAAGUGGGUCAUUACAAAACAAAAACAAAGAAUGGGACAAUCGUUUUUGGUCAUUUGUCACUUUCUGUCAGACUGAUUGGUGUGGUUUGAAGUCGGCAGUAAGGGGACAGCUGACCCGAGGAGGGUAGUUCUGAACCAAUUUGGGUAUUUCCGAUGGAGACUCAGAUGGCCCAAAACCUUAGUGAGGCUCCGCUAUGUUAAAGCUCUGAAUCAACUUUUGUUUUGGUUUGCUUUCCCCCUAUUUUGAGCAUCAUAAAAUGUAGCGCUAGGCUCCAUUGAAUUACCAAAGAUCAAUGUAAUUGAAGUAGAAAGCAUACAGUAUAUCGUGUAAGUUCCACCAAACCUUACAGGAUGUUCAGCACCUACGGAGCAGAAGGCAUCGGUGGCUCAGAGAGAGCAGUUUGGACGGUUAACUUUGCAGUUUCUGUUCUGUGUUUUUAGGUUCUAUUGUUACAGACCCGUGAAUGUAAUAGUGUGUUUGAUUGAAAGUGUGUGUGUCGGAAUAAGCUGCCAUUAAAAAGGAGAGUAGGUUUGACCAGUAUCACAGCGAUACUGACAUGUUGGGAUUGGACCGGCUGAUAACUAACAUAAAGGUUAGGAUUUAGUGUUUCCUGUUGACUGUUACUCAUAGCAGGGAAGAUAAGAUUGACUUCAUUAAUCCCACACUGAGUAAAUUCCUGUGUUACGGCAGCUCAAAAAUAAUUUCUUUUACACACAUCAGAAUAACACAAAUACACAUUAAGUAGACAUAGGAGAAAAAUAUGUACAUAAAGAAAAAAUAUAAAAUAAAAAGACAGUACUUAAACACAGAUGUACAGAUGAGUAAUGUGCGGAUGAAUAGAAAUGACAUAUUGCACAGUUGGAGGUAACACAGAGUAAUAAAUAAAUAAAUACACGCAUUGCAGAAUAUUGUCCAGGGAUGACUCAUAUUGGAGAAACAGCUAGCAGUGUUCUAUUACCAUCUUUAACACAUUACAUUAGCAUGUAUUAAAGAGUCUGACUGCUGCUGGGAUGAAGGCCCUUGGGUAGCGCUCAUCUUGCACUGAUGGUGCAGCAGUCUGCUGCUGAAGGAGCCGCUCAGGGAACUUACAGUCUCAUGAAGGGGUUGAGAGGUGUUGCCCAUGAUUGAUGCAAGCCUCGCUAACAUCCUCCUCUCCCCCACCUCCUCUAUGGUGUCCAUGGCAGGGGGAGAGCAGGAAGACAUCUUUUGUCAGUUUUUAUUGUAACCGUGACAUGACCAAUGUGUUCAUGGGUUCAUGUGUCUGCUGUCUGACCUGGGUAAGGUUUGGUUAAGUGUAUGCGUGGUUAGGCUUAAGGAUUGGUGUUGGUAUGGGAUGAACUAGGACUUAUGGUUAUGGAAUGACCUCGGUCAUGGUUAAAGCUAAUGAUCACGUACAACAGUGUGUACUAGGGCUGCACGAUGUGAGGAAAGUAUGCCAGAUGCAAUAAUGUUGUAGAAUAUCGUGAUAAGGAUGUUACCCGCGAUACAUAAACAGAUAUUAAAAUGUACUCAGUUCUGCAUUUCUACUUCAACAAUGCAACAACUUGCUAGGUGAAUUUAAAACAAAUGAAAGGGAAUCAUUUCCAGCUGUCUGUCAUGGACGAAUUGAACAUUGAAUUGAAUAUAAAACGCAGCACUAAAAGACGAAUGCCCGUUUUCUAUCAAUACUUUCUUUCAACUAGAACAUGUCUGAUAUGUUGCAGACUCUUGCAAUGUUUUUUUUUUUGCACCAGUUGAUUUUGCGAUGACGUUAAAAAAACAAUGUGUUGUACAGCCCUAGUAUGUACAACAACAAUAAAUAUUGGUCUAGCCCUAGAGGAAAACAUACAACUAGUCACCACAGAUGCCUUACUGGAGGAUUUAAGUUUUAAGUGCCCAUGUUUUAGUGUUUUAGAGGUUUUUACCCCAUGGUUUCCUACUCGUACUGGGUUUUUAGUUUUGCCCUCCCCUUGUGUUUGGAUACUUUUGUUGCUGACGUAGCUAUUUGGAAAAGAGAGAUCUAAUGCAGUCUGGUUUUGGUUUUUUAGAUGUUGAAAUGUUUACAUCAUAUUGUAUGAUGGGAUGUAGGUUGCAAAUGGAAUGCACAAUGAGGAAAGCAGCCAUGGAACAUAUCUUCAAAUAACUUAUUGGAUUCAUUUUCUUUUAAGGAUUUACUAUUUAUUAUCAAGACAUAUCCACUAGAGAAGCUGCCACACAGAUAUGUAUGUGUUUUAACUAAUGCUUAUCACCCUCAUUAUUGCAGCAUUUUACUUCCAUCUGUGUAUAAAACGUUCGUACAGUACAGUAACAUUCAUGUGUACACUAAAACAGAUUAUUCAUGACAGUGACAUAGGAAUAUUUCUAUAAUUGUUCUAUGUGGGAUUUUUAUUUUGACACUGAUUUGGAAAAUGUUUCUGAUAAAGUUUAAGGGUGACUCCAGUCUUUUAUUUUUUUUCUAUUCAAGCAAUUGGAAAUACUUUUACAUUAUGCAAAAUGUAUUUGUUUCUAUCAAAGGGGAAGAUGUGAAUGUUUCUUCAUAAUAAAGCCAAAUCUUUGUUAGCACAAUACAAACACUUGCUUAAAGUGAAUUAGCGCUUCCACAUCUUCCAGGGAAACUUGCCGCUUGUUUUUGCACUGAAAAGAGAUGUUCUGUAACAGAGACAUGUUGGCCUGAGAGGUUUUAUUUUGUGUUGAAAAGUUUGCAGUUCUCAUGUUGCCAUAACUGCUGGUUGUUGUGUGAAUUAGUUACAUCCUGUCUAAAUGAUUGAUGUGUGUUUUAUUUGUGGUUUUUAUGUUACAUUUGCACUAUUUGUAAAGUUUGAAAAAUACAAAAGAUUUGAAUGCCUU